AUAGACAUAGCUUACUGCAAGGGCAGACUGUGUGGAUGCAACGUCUACCACUGCGGAAACAGGCAUAUAGAAGAGGGACAGAAAGUGUGUGGACCGUAUUUUAUUGCCGAUAUCUAAAAAGACGAAGCUCUACUCAAUAGGUGGAUUCUUUUUGUGGAACUUGAAAGUGUAUAUUUCCUUUACUAAGGGAUCAGAAAGACGCGUAGGUAGAUAUGGACUGUAGGGAGCCUAUUACUGCAGGGGAAGACGUGCCGGUGUUACCAUACGCCUAGUAGAGGGAAUUGGAAACGCACUACUCCGGACUUUUUUCGUGGAUGUUUGAUGAAGCGCUUUCCACCUUUUUCUAACUGCGAGAGACCUUGGAUUUACAAGGAACUGGGACCUAUCGGGGCUCUUAUUUGCGUUAGUUUCCUCUCGUUAAACGGAACUUUCACGAUUGAAGUAGUACGAAAAACAUGGAGACUGUAACUCGACAAAGCUUCCAACCUCAUCCAGGACUGCAACAAACUCUGAAGCAGUUUCACUUGAGUUCUAUGAGCUCGCUCGGCGGCCCGGCGGCUUUCUCCGCUCGGUGGCAACAUGACCUACUCUUCAAGAAGGAUGGUAAAGACCCGGAGCCCGUCCUUCACCUCCCCAUGCAGCCUCCGCCGGUGAUGCCGGGGCCUCUGUUCAUCCCCUCGGACCGCUCCACUGAAAGGUGCGAGACGGUCCUGGAGAGCGAGACGAUCUCCUGUUUUGUGGUCGGUGGCGAAAAGCGGCUGUGCCUGCCCCAGAUCCUCAACACCGUCCUGCGGGAUUUUUCUCUCCAGCAGAUCAACUCGGUGUGCGACGACCUCCACAUCUACUGCUCCAGGUGCACGGCGGACCAGCUGGAAAUCCUAAAAGUCAUGGGGAUUUUGCCCUUCUCGGCACCCUCGUGCGGCCUCAUCACCAAAACGGAUGCGGAGCGCCUCUGUAAUGCCCUGAUUUACGGGGGCACGUACCCACCGCACUGCAAAAAGGAGUUCUCUGGCUCUCUGGAGCUUGAGCUGACGGAGAAAAGCUUCAAGGUGUACCACGAGUGUUUCGGGAAGUGCAAAGGACUUUUCGUUCCAGAGCUCUACACCAGCCCGAACGCAGCUUGCAUUCAGUGCAUGGACUGCAGACUCAUGUACCCGACUCACAAGUUCGUGGUCCACAGUCACAAAUCGUUGGAAAACAGGACUUGCCACUGGGGUUUCGACUCCGCCAACUGGAGGGCAUACAUCCUUCUCAGCCAGGAUUACACAGGAAAAGAGGAGAAGGGACGUCUCGAGCACCUUUUAGAUGAAAUAAAAGAGAAAUUUGACUUCGCGAACAAGUACAAGAGGAAAGCCUCUACGGCGCCCGAUUCGAUUCCAGCCAAGAAGUCUAAAUAUGAAGACUUUGUGUUGCAGUCUCCAUCAGCUGAUAAGGAGAAGCAACCCGAAUGGCUACGAUCGCUCUCGGCCUCUGCGAACAAGGGUCUGAACUGUAUUCAGCCCAGACAGAGGCCGUCUGCGUUCCGGCCCUGGUCGCCCACCAUUUCUUCCAGCGAGAAGGAGACGCCCUCCCGCCUCCCGGCUGUGCUGCGUGACAGUUUUUACAACUACAAAAGCCUAGAGAGUUCUGUCGCGCCAAAUGUGGCCCUCACGCCCCUGCCGCUCCAGAAAGUGGGGCAGCUCUCCCCGUCCGCCCCCGGCACCUCCCACUCCAAUGGCAAUGAGGCCCUGGGAGAGGGUGGCAGCUCCAGGCCCAGGAAGAGAAGGAUGACAGGAGAGGCCCACCCCACCACAGAGCCCUCCUGCCCUCCGGCCACGGCCAGCAAGCCCCCCCAGGAGGACAAAGACUCCGAGGUGGAGGUGGAAGUGGAGAGCCGCGAGGAGUUCACCUCCUCCCUGUCCUCCCUGUCGUCCCCCUCCUUCACCUCCUCAAGUUCCGCCAAGGAUCUGAGCUCCCCUGGCACCCAGGCCCCCGCAUCUACGGUCACGUCCCUGGAGGGCCCCGCCCCCAUACCGGAGGGCCACGCCCCGGGCCUGGAGUCCGAGCUGGAGACCCUGAGGCAGGCGCUGGACAGCGGCCUGGACUCCAAAGAGGCCAAGGAGAAGUUCCUGCACGAAAUUGUCAAGAUGCGAGUCAAACAGGAGGAGAAGCUGGGGUCUGCCCUGCAGGCCAAAAGAAGCCUCCAGCAGGAGCUGGAGUUCCUGAGGGUGGCCAAGAAGGAGAAGCUGAGGGAGGCCACGGAGGCCAAACGCAACUUGCGGAAGGAGAUCGAGCGCCUGCGUGCGGAGAGCGAGAAGAAGAUGAAGGAGGCCAACGAGUCGCGGACGAGGCUGAAGAGGGAGCUGGAGCAGGCCCGGCAGCUCAGGGUGUGCGACAAGGGCUGCGAGGCGGGCCGUCUGCGCGCCAAGUACUCCGCGCAGAUCGAAGACCUGCAGCUGAAGCUGCAGCACGCCGAGGCGGACCGUGAGCAGCUGAGGGCCGAUCUGCUGCACGAGCGCGAAGCUCGCGAGCACCUGGAGAAAGUGGUCAAGGAGCUGCAGGAGGAGCUGUGGCCCAAGUCCGGCAGCAACGAUGCGGCAGCGGCCAAGGACACCCAGAAAUAACCGCCACGCAUCCACGCAGGGCAGAGACAGAGAGGACGGAGCAGAAGACGUAUAAAAAAAAAACACAGAGCAGAUUCAUAUUCACCUAUGAGCAUAUACAUCCAUACAUAGUGUAUAUGCAGGGGAAUGCAUCCUUUGUCCGGGGGGGGAGGGAAAGCAAGUAAAAGUAGAGAUCAGUACGUGUACCAGGAGGAAAUGCGUUACUAACAUAAGCACUGAAACGUAUCUCUCAUUCAAGAAAAAAACAUGAUGAAAUUAAUGAAAAAAUUUAUAUAUAGCACAAGAAAUUUGUUGUGCCUAUAUUUUCCCUGAAAAAAGAAAACUCAAAAAAAAAAAGAUUUUGGAUACAAACUUUUCUAUGAUGAAAAUAUUACUAAUGAUAGUAAUACUACCGAUAUGAAACCAUUACAAAACCAGUUUGAAAGAAGCGUGGUGGAGCAUGUCGUACAGCCUGAGGACGAGCAGCAGAGAGGAACAGGAUGGAUGGACGGGCUCCUCAUGGGGACAGGGCCCCAGAGUGUCCUUUUCAUUCUUCGUGAAGACAUUUGAGGAUUUCAUUUUGUAAUAAGCUAUUUAAAACUGCAUAGUAAGACUUGAGUAUAUAAGAAAAAAAAAGAAAACAUUUUCUUUGUUUGUGUUGAUGGAGCCUCAAAAAAAAGAAAAAAAAACUUGACAAGCAACAAGCAGGACAAGACUCCUACUAAAUGCCACCAUCUUUCAGCUGUUGGUGUAGAAGAAGAAGCCAUUUUUAACCACGGGAAAAAGGAAACCGAUUUUAUUUGCAUUUCUUUUCUAUUGGUGAUUAUUGGAGAAAUACAACAUGAUGAGGUUUACAGGAGACAGAGAAGGCAAGGCCGUGUUUGGCCAGGCCUUACUUUCAGUGUCCGUAUUUUGGAGAAAAAAAAAGUGUUGUGUUCUAGGCACCCUUUGAGAAUGAGCACUUCAUUUAGAUAUGGACAACAGUCAAUGCACACACACACACACACACACACACACACACACACACACACUCUCACACUCUCAC